AUCAUGUGGAACCCAAGCCUUCGUUUAUGGCCGAGAGGUACCGUUUCCGGCUGCGGCGUCAGGGCGAGGAGGAAUCCGUGGCACAAUACCUCACGGAGCUCAAGAAAUUGUCGAAACAUUGUGAGUUUGAUACGUCAUUAGAGGACAAUCUCCGUGAUCAGUUUACGUGUGGAUUAAAAAACGACACGAUCAAACAACGUCUUUUUGCCGAGAAGAGUUUAACCUAUUCAAAAGCGGUAAGCCUUGCGCUAUCGUUAGAAGCGGCGGAGAGGGACGCAGCGACUGUAGAACGCCCGGGUGCGAGCGAGAGCAACGUUGCCAGAUCAAACAUGGCGUCCGUAAAUUCGAUCACACCGGGACCACGUGGCGGAAAUAAAGGCAAUAAUCCAAAUAACCGACAGAAUAACGGUGCCAGCAUCAGCAAUAGGUCGAACAAUGGCUCCAAAUGUGCAGUUUGUGGACGGGAAGGCCACCGUGAAGCGGAUUGCCGCUAUAGAAAUUUCACGUGCAGCAAGUGUGGGUGCGUGGGGCAUCUAAGGCGAGUGUGCCCGUCUUCGGGCGCAGCUGGCGGCCAGGGUGCUGCCAGGGGGCGCAGCUCGGGCGCCGGCAGACGCGGCGCGGGCGCGGGUGGUCGCGGGCCUCGGCGCGCUUUUCACCACGUCCAGGCGGCACAAUAUGAGACUCCAGGGGCCGACGAGGACAAUUCGUCGGACACUGAAUUUGAAGAAAAUUUGCAUCAUCUCUGUUUGAGCGACUACAGAGCGGUAUAAGGAGCUAUUCAGCGGCGGGUUGGGGCGGUUUACGGGCGGCAAGGCGACUCUUCGCGUGAAGGAGGGCGCGGCACCGGUGUACUGUCGCGCGCGGCCGCUGCCGUACGCGCUGCGCGACCGGGUGGACCACGAGCUGGACGAGAUGCUGCGCAGCGGAGUCAUCGAGCCCGUCGACACUUCCGAGUGGGCCACGCCCCUAGUGCCGGUACGUAAAGCUGAUGGCGGAUUAAGGAUUUGUGCCGAUUACAAAAUAACCCUUAACCCGAAUUUGCUGAUCGAUAGGUACCCGCUUCCAAAAAUUGAUGAUUUAUUAGUAAGGCUGAACGGGGCUCGCGUUUUCUCGAAAAUUGAUUUAACUCAAGCGUAUAAUCAGGUAGAACUAGACGAUUCAAAGCAAUAUACGGUUAUAAACACGCAUAGGGGAUUGUUUAAGUACAAUAGGUUAGUCUACGGCCUAUCUUCUAGUCCGGGUAUUUUUCAGAGAAUCAUGGCUAGUUUACUAAAGGAUAUUCCACACGUAGAAGUAUUUUUAGACGACAUUUUAAUUGGCACACCAGACGUGGCAUCCCAUCUAGUGACAUUGGACAAAGUCUUACAGAAAUUGCAUAGUCAUGGCAUGAAACUAAAAAAAAGUAAAUGUUUCUUUUUUA